AGGCAACAAAACAUUUGCGCUGCUCAUCGCAGAUUUUCAGUCGCAUUUCGCGGGUCGUCAUGUUCGGAUCGGAAGUAGAUUGAUUCUUGGGCACGGACCGCUCUCUCACUCUUUCUCUGUCUCAAAGUGUACAAUUAAAGUCGUUGAUAAGGCGCGCGCUUUGUCGUCGGUCUCGGUUUAGUCUGCCGGUCGUCAGUCGGUCGGUGGUGAAUUUUUGAACCGUUGCCAAAAGUGAUCUAUACGCGAUCGUCGUCGUCGUCGACGAUCUGUGGUGGCGUGAUCAGUAGUCGGUUGCUGCUAUUGUAGCGCCGUGGAUUCGGGGAUCUUCUUCUGAAAAUAAAAAGGGGUCAACUAACCCCCGGCCCCGUCGUCGUUGGUCGGAGUGAAGGUUUCCGGUGCGGAACCGAAUUUCCCUUUCAGUUCGCGCAUGAAUGAUCCGCGAGAAAACCUCUUCUGGGGUGUGUGAAUAGAAUCGGCUGUGUGGUGUGAACCAGCGAAGAAUAGUGAGCGAGGUGAAUUUGGAAAAGCUCUCGCAGUCGGGAAAGAAAAAAUCUUCCGCGAAGAGGGGUAUGAUUGUACCGAGGAAAGAAACCGGUGUGUGAUAGCUCUCGAUUGUGUGUAAACAGGUGUAUUUUGUCAACUUUGUUCCGGAAGAGCACAAAGCUUGCUUCAGAAUGAUCGGCCUGGUGGAGGUGUUACUAUUCCUCUGCCUCGUUGGAUACUUCUUCAACAAGAGCAGAGGCACAGACAUGGUGGACAUCAUAUCCAACCGUGUGCAGGAGGCAUACGGUUCGUUCCGGCUGCCGGGCAUGUUCGGCACGACCCAAACGGUGGAGGCCGGCGGUUUCUCCACCUACGCCAUGCUCAAGCGCUUCGGCGAGCAAAAGAAGCGCAAACGGCAGAUCGACAAAGAAAACGAUCGCAAGCUGCGGGAGGAAAGCUUGUACCAUAUGAAGAACUCCCCGACGCCACACAUCAUGCUGGACAACAAACCAAUGCCCGGUAUGGCGUGCCGAUUCUGCUCGCCGGCAGAAAGUCAACCGCAACUGGAUGAGGUGGACCGCCGGAAGAAUGCCAUCGACAUCCUGCGCGUUACAUCGCACGCCGGCCGGCGCACGAACAGCUCGCCCACGGACUGGGGCGUCUGGUGUCCGCACUUGGCACAGGCAGCCCGCGUGAAGAAGUAUGACUAUCCGCAGGUGGCCGGUGCCGUGCUGGGGGAAGAACGCGUCCAGCAGGCUCUGGAAACGGCCGCCAAGGAGUCGGUCGAUGAGAAGAGGUUGGAGCUGCAAGACGCCGGCCAAAGCGAGGAUUCAUUCGAUGAGGAUGCGUACUACAACGAGAGUAUGCUGAAGCACGAGAAGAGGGCGCAUAGGGUCCUCAUCGGAAUGCGCUCCAAACUGUCGGACAUGGUUCUGCGAAUUACGUCCUGGGUUCUGUACAAACUGCUUCCAUGCUUCCUCUCCGGAGUAGCUGCCCAUCCCGGUCAGGUGGACAUGAUCAAGCGUGCGAUCGCCAAAAAUCCGGACGCCCCGUUGAUCUUUCUGCCGCUGCAUCGGUCCCAUCUGGACUACAUCAUGGUCAGUUUCAUUCUGCUGAAUCACGACAUCCGCUGUCCGUUGGUAGCUGGUGGUGAUAAUCUUCGAAUUCCGGUAUUUGGCAACAUUCUGCGAUACGAUGGGGCAUUCUUCAUCAAGCGGAAGAUCGAUCCACUGACCGGGAAGAAGGACCACGUCUAUCGCUCCAUACUGCACACCUAUCUGCAAAAGGUGCUGACCGCUGGACACAAUGUGGAGUUCUUCAUCGAAGGCGGCCGCACCAGAACCGGAAAACCCUGUAUGCCAAAGAGUGGAAUCCUGUCGGUCAUCGUGGACGCAUUCAACGACAAGAGCAUCUCGGACGCGCUGCUCGUUCCCGUCUCGAUCAACUACGAAAAGCUGGUCGAUGGAAACUUUGUGCGCGAACAGCUCGGCCAGAAGAAGGUUCCGGAAAGUUUCUCCUCGGCGGCGUCCGCCAUCAUGAAGGUUCUGAAGGCACGUUACGGCCUCAUGCGGAUAGAUUUUAACGAGCCGUUCUCGCUAAGCGAACUAGUCAAAUCGCUCCGGAAGUCGGAAACGGCGGGUAGCUAUGCGCCCGAGAACAGACGCCUUCAGCACAAACCAUCCUCGUCGUCCCUGUUCGGGACGGACGUUGUCCAGGAGGAGCAGGAACUCCGCACCCUGGUCGACAACAUUGCCCGCCACGUGGUCUACGACUGCGCCAAAGCUACCUCCGUAAUGACCACCAACGCAUUGGCCUUCCUCCUGCUGAAUCGCUUCCGUGACGGUGCCCCGCUCGCGAUCCUCACCGAAGCCCUCGAAGAGCUACGGAGCUACCUGAAUACUACCUCGCGCGAUCUCGGCUUCACCGGAGCGUCCGAAGACAUCGUCAAGUACGCCGUCGACCUGUUGGGACCCGGUCUAGUCACGAAGGAAAAACGAGCUGGACAGCCGUUCUUCAAACCCGUCACCCUGGUUCCCAAUGUGAUCGAGCUGGCGUACUAUUCCAACAGUUUGGUGCCGCACUUUGCGCUGGACUCGAUCGUGAUAACGGUGGCCAGUUUGCUGAAACGCCAAGCGGAACAGAGGCUACGGGACCAGCAGAAAUCCACCGACGUUGUCAGUAUUGGCCGGCAGGAGUUGUUCAACACCUGUCUGGAGUUCUGUGAUCUGCUGAUGUACGAGUUCAUCCUGUCGAAACCAUGCCAAAGCUUGGAGACGUUACUGCAGGACUGCUACCACAGGUUGUGCAUUAUGGAACUGGUGUCGCAACCGGAGGUUGAGUACACCGAGGAACAGCAUCGAGCUCGCCGCCUGGCGGCCAAUCUCGAACUGGACGAGUUGCACGAUGACAGCUACAGCGAUGACGAUUACUUCGGUGACGACAAUCUCGCUGAGCAAGAAGAUGAGAACCGAGUGUUUCUUCCGGCCGAGAAGCACUGCGAUCGGAUAGUGCUCCAAUCGGUGUUGGCACCGUUCACCAAUACGUACGCAGCCGUUGCCAGCAGUCUGCGGCAGCUACUGGGUGGUAACUCCAUGACCGAAGGAGAGUUCAUCAAGCAGUGCAUCAAGGAGAUUACCAGCAGGGUGGAGUCGGGCCAGUGCAAGUACGGUGAAAGCAUAUCGACCGACACCGUGCGGAACUGUCUGAAAGUGCUCGAGAAACGGUCUGCCAUCGAAAUCGUCAACAACAACGGCGUCCGGUUGGUAUCCCUGGCACCGGCCUGCGACUCCCCAGCGGAAGUACAACUGAUCAUCCAGGGGAUGGAGAAGUUUGUCCCGAUCUAGGACCAAAAGCAUAAAAGCAGAACUACCUACUACUAGAGUACGAAGGAGGGCGACGCGCAACGCGUUGUCGUUGCAUAUAUAUUCCGAAACAAGAGAUCGCGAGACUGCUUUUGCAUCCUCCGGAUCCCGUUGACGAUAAGUGAAAGAGAGAGAGCAAGUGUGACUGCCGAUGGAUGAAAGGGCGAGCGUGUGACCUAAAAAAUGAUGGAGGAAACCCCAUUUCAGGUAACUAAGCUGUAAAAGUUGAAAACGUUAUUUCCAAUCAUACUCUUUUCGAGUUCGAAAUGACGAUGAGAUGAGAGAGCAUUUUUGUUUUUUGUUGUAUAACAUCCUGCUCAAUUAGGUAGUGAGUUGGUAAAACCAUUGAGUCCUCGAUGAUUUCCGAGUUUAGUCACCAAAAAAAAGACCAUGAGAGCUGACCUUCAUUUACCAAAUAUGAAUUUAUCUUACCUAUAUGUAUAGCAAGUUCUUCAGCGUUCUCCCUUUUAAAGAGGACAAACUGAAAGGACACAGAUUGAAGUACUACAUACAUACAAGUUAACCGCUGUUUGUGUCUAUAAUAGUCUUUAAGUGAGACAAGUGAGCGCAAUAAACAGAAGAAAUCAUAAUCAACUGUUACUAGUGGUAGUGAUACGACGUAAAUAAGAGCA